CUUUCUUCCUAAGAACCAAAACAAGGAAGUAGUAAGGAAACGUGUGAAGCAGCGAAGUUAGCGCUGGAUACGUUAUACACGGACUGAAUUAUGAACUAAAAAUACACUAAUUAUGUGAAAUAAUAUUUUGAGGAGUGGUGUCAUUUCGUAUUUUUUUUGUAAUAUUAAUAGGAGCUAAUAAUGGUUGUUAGCCAGGUAGUAUUUGGAACUGCUUUAGCAUUAGUUAACGGUGGAGCGGUUUCUCUGGAUAUUUUCGGAGUCAUGUCAGUGUAGAUAAAGGAGAGGGAGGAUGAAGGGGUUCAGGUUUCCAGCUCGACACGGUUAUGCGGUGGAAAUGUCCCCGUUUCUCCACAACACAAUGGCCUGCGCUACAGCUCAGUAUUACGGGAUAGCAGGAUGUGGAACGCUGCUGGUGCUGGAGCAGAGGGAAGCGGACAUUGUGCUCAUGAGAAGCUUUGACUGGAAUGAUGGGCUUUUUGACGUGACGUGGAGCGAGAACAACGAGCACGUGCUUGUGACCGGAGCUGGUGACGGCUCACUGCAGAUUUGGGACACAGCCAACCCGCAAGGGCCUAUCCGAGUGCUGAAGGAGCACACUCAAGAGGUGUACGCAGUGGAUUGGAGCCAGACGCGGACCGAGAACCUGGUGGUGUCGGGAUCCUGGGAUCACACAGCCAAAGUGUGGGAUCCAGAGCACCCUCAGUCCGUGUGCACACUUCAGGGUCACGAGGGAGUCGUGUACAGCACCAUCUGGUCUCCACACAUCCCAGCCUGCUUCGCCUCAACCUCAGGAGAUGGCACGCUGAGAGUUUGGGACGUGAAAGCCGGCUCGUGUCAACUGGCCAUUCCGGCACACAAAGCCGAGGUCCUUAGCUGUGAUUGGUGCAAAUAUGACCAGAAUGUGUUGGCGACGGGAGCCGUCGACUGCAGCGUGUGUGUGUGGGAUCUGCGAAACGUCCGCCAGCCUGUAGCGCAAAUGCUGGGCCAUUCCUAUGCCAUCCGGAGAGUAAAGUUUUCACCAUUAUUCAAGACCGUGCUGGCAUCUUGCUCCUAUGACUUCACCGUCAGGGUCUGGGAUUUCUCCAGGAGUCCACCGCUGCUCGAUACCAUGGAGCACCACUCGGAGUUCGUGUGCGGCCUAGACUUCAACCUGCACAUCCCCAACCAGGUGGUGGACUGUUCCUGGGAUGAAACUGUAAAAAUCUACACCCCUCCAUGUCUGGCUGCUAUGCAACCCAGCUUGGCGUAAAGAGAAGAUAACAUCCUGAACACAGCAGGGCUUUGAAUCUAGAGGUUUGCCGCUGCACUCUUGCUAAAGCAGGGAAACAGACUCAAGAAAGCUGCUGAUGAGUGUUAGAGCGCAGAGAGUUUAGCAAAACAAGUCUUCUUAUCAGCGUGAACAUGAAACCUGGUCUUGAAGUCAAUGUGUAAAUCUGUGUGGAGCGUAACGUUCCACCAAAAAGACACUUUGCUGGUCCACAUGCAGGUUCAGAGUCCUUCAUGAAAGUUGAUGCUGAACUGGGUGAAAUCAUAUUGGCUCCUUUUAGAUGAUACACACACAUACAAGAUCUAGACUCCUAAAGACCGAUCCAUGUUAUCAGUGUCUUACAUGGAAAGUGACUAAUCCAAAUAAAGUUUUUCAUUUCUAAUUAAAAUGAUGGAUAUUCAUCAUGUUUGGGAAAACCUUUUACACAGUGAAAAUUUCAUUUCGUCGACAUUUUCUACUGCAUAUACUAAAACCUACAGACUUACUUGAACUGAAAUGUGUUCCUCUUUUCCGCGUAUCUCAGUCGGAAGUAACGUUAUAGCAGUUUCAAGUCUGGAGCAUGGACAACUUGAUCAAAGCGUGACAUUCACCGUGUGAGGAAAUCACACUUGGCUAGCAAGGUUUUCGACAUCUUCAGGCAAGCUCACUGUUUAUAGCACAGUUUUUCGUUCACAAAUCAGAGCCAUUAAGAUCCGCUAACAGGAACCGUAGGGUUCUAAUUUAGCCCUGCUUCUCACAGUGGGAAAAUCGGGCAGCUCAGGCCUAUAAAUAAAGACUCAGACCUUGGCUUUGAUUGUUGAUUGUGAUCGUAAAUGUAUGUAUGACUAGAGCACAUUUUGUCUUUUAUUGAUUUUCUGCUAUAACACCGCAGGCGAUGGUCCUGUAUUAGGAAGUUAAACCAGCUCUUUAUCCAGCAUGAUGCUUGCAGAAAGCCUAGAAAGUACAAACAUUUCUACAUCAUUUUGGUGAAAUAUAUUUAUAGAUUCUUGAAGUUGAGGUAUCAAUAAUACAGUAUG